CACAAAUCCAACUCAACCUUGAUUGCAUAUGUAGAUGUAAUUAGGAUAGCUGGUGCAGAGCCAAGAUUUCAACUUUAUGGGUUUCUAGGUUUUAGAUUUUAGAUUUUAGAAUGACGACAUUAAGUGGUAAUAAUUGGGUUCUAAAUUUAAUAUUUGUAUAUAUAUUUAAUGAAUUUAUUAACAAAAAUACAUUGUUCGAGCAAAAGUUACUGCAUUCGGCUGAACCCGUAUCAGGGCUACUAGCUCCGCCCCUGAUGUGAAGCACCCCAAAGGAUAAAGUUUAUUCCUUUCUGAAGAAAAAAUGAAAGAGGAAGAAGUAAAUAGGUGCCAGAUUCAGGAGUGGUACCCCAGAUUUAAAUCUGAUUCCAUAAAGACAAUGAUUCAUGAGCUACCCGAAUCCUUUGUAGAGUACCUUACCAAUGAUCACGGUCCAUUCCUUCUCCCUCUUUCUAUUGAUGAUGAUGAUGCACUGCCUAAUAGGAUCCAUAAACCUGAAGAAGAGGAGGACUUUGAAGUAUCUGAAGGGUCGGAAGACGAAUCAGAACGACCAUCACCUCCUCCUUCUUUCCCGGAACUGGAAACGAAGAUCAAGGAAUCUAUAAUGGCCCUUGGGGGUUCUGUCUUCCCUAAGCUUAAUUGGAGCGCACCAAAAGAUGCUGCAUGGAUCAGUUCAACUGGGAAUCUUUGUUGCAACUCUUUCAGUGAGGUUGCACUAUUACUACGGGCAUCGGAUUCUCUAAUCCAUGAUCUAUGCCAUGUGUAUGAUUCGUGCAGUGAUAAGACUGUCUCGAGGCCCUCAAAGUUUUUCCUUGCACUUCGAAAAUGGUACUCAUCCCUGCGCCCCGAGAUGGAAUUUCGCUGCUUUGUACGCAAUGGGAUCCUUUUGGGGGUCUCCCAGCGCGAGGUGACUGGAUUCUAUCCUGGUCUUCUUGAGAAGAAAGACGAGUUGAUAACAAUAAUCCAGGCAUUUUUCAAUUAUAAGGUGAAGGGAAAUUUUGAAUCAGAAAGUUAUACAUUUGAUGUAUAUGUCACAAAUGAUGAACGAGUUAAGCUUUUGGAUUUCAAUCCUUGGGCCGCAUUUACCUUACCUUUGCUUUUCACCUGGGAGGAAUUGGAAGAUAAAUUGAGGGAAGAGGGAGAUUGCUUGGAGUUUAGAAUUGUAGAAAGCCAGUGUGGGGUCCGUCCUGGUUUGAAAACCGCUGUUCCUUAUGAUUACCUAGAUACUAGUCCAGGUAGUGGUUGGGAUGAGUUUCUCAGAAAGGCUGAUGAGCAAUUGGCACAACAGAUCAGGUCUCCUCAAGCAGAUGCUUGAUUGCUAGAUGUUCAAAGACGGAGACAACCCUGAUGUCUACGGACCAGGACUGUUUUCAAGAGGAUUUGGGUCUUACUCAAAUUGUUGUGCGCAUUAUAUGUAAUUUACUGUCAUCGAAAGGGACCAUUAUGUCCACAAUUUUCAUCACUAUGUUAUGCUUUUUAGGACAUUUUUAGAUACAAUGUUCUAAUAUACUGAAGGUUAUAGUUAGUAUGGUAAAAGGACUGCUUGUUAAAAACGGCAUUCUGUGCCUUUUUCAUUUUCGUUUGGCAUGUCAAGGCAUGACUGAUGUAAUAUGAAGCAACUAGUGCAAACGUGCAAGCUGUCUUUGACCUAGACUAUGUAUAGUUGAAUUCUUUGUUACUAAACAAAACAAUGUGAUGUUUCACCCU